UGAAUGCAAACAGACAAACGUAGCAGAGUAGCGAUCGAAUCGGUCCAUUUUUAGCAAUUGCAGCAACUGUCUGCUAGUGCAACUCUAAAGCAAACUUUGUUCAUUACAUUUGAAUAUGUAUUAAGAAUAUAUAGUUUAUAAUGCUGUUUAAUAAGACGCUGGGUAUUACAUAUAGGAAAUACCAGAAGUCUUUCUCCGCGAGGCCUGUGAUAUGAAUGAAACCUCAUGUUGGGUUUAACAGCAACACAUCUGUGAACUAGCACCAUUUAGCCGGUUAACGUUAGCUGCUGUUGGCUGGCUGAAUUGGUAAGCGUGUAUCUAACUUACCACUCUUAUAACGUUUUUAUAUAUACCUAUAAAACAAAUCUAGUUAUACUUGCGCUGCGUGUUGGAUCGCCUGAUGAGGUUUAUUGGCAUUGUUCAAUCGAGCAACACAUACCAUAUUCUGGACAAUACCGAGAACAUGGUGCUGCCUUUCUUGGUUCUUUUCUUGUGGUGAAUCGCAUUUUUUUUUUCUUAGAUGACUUGGCCUGUUGAUUUUUUGUUAUUUGUUGCUCUUGGAUUGUUACAAGCUCAGCCGCUCCUCUGAUAUCAGGAGAUCUUCGUAUUAUCCUCAUGGAUUUGAAUUUUUACUCGGAUCUCUCUGACGGGACUGGUCAACAUGUUGAUUCCGAGUUCAUGGAUAACUCGUCUUACAGUGGAUAUGAUCCGGUGAACAAGUUCGCAGGUGGCAAUGAUUCAUACCUGACCAUCAGUGGACCUGGUCAUCAUUGGUCAUCUGAGAAAACAUUCCAUACACCCUGUCUGGGUGAUGAAGAGUUUGAAAUCCCACCGAUCUCCUUGGAUCCAGAUUCUGCGCUCACCAUUGAAGAUGUGGAAGCCCAUUUUGGAGAGCUGGCUGAACAGGCUGAGACCUCGAGUGCUUCUGGAGUUGGAAAUAGUCUUGCCAGUAAUCCUGUGGUAGGGGGGAAUGAUCCCUCUUUUGCUUCUGCUUUCAUGAAUCCAUCAUCUCAGGGCAUAGAGCACCUGAGUAUGGGUGUGAUUAACCAGCGGGGGGUUUACAAAAGGAAAACGGAUGCAGCCAAGAAAGAGUAUCUGAAGGCGUUAGCAGCCUACAGAGCAAAUCAACUCUCAAAAUCAUCUACUGAGGUGGAGGAUAGUGCUCCUUCUACUCCUCCCUCUGUCCCCUGUCCCGCACCCGUCACUUCUGCUCCUGCUGCCCCUGCCCGUCCACGGCUGACACCCAUCCCUGAGCAGAACACCAUCACCAACAUCUGCGCCUCCAAUAUCAUCCUCGACGGGCCUCAAGUCACCACCCGUUCCCGCACGGGCUCUCUACCCUUGGCCAUCAGCCAGCCCCUGACCCCCACUGUCACAAAAAUCAUCAUCUCCAAACAGAUGCUGGGAGGUUCUCAGAUCCACCAGAUCCCCACGUCCAUGGUGACGGUGAUUCCAGCCGCAUUGCGUGCCGUGCAGCCGGCUGUUGCUGGACGACAGCCUCCACCGCUGCAGCAGAUGCAGGGCACCCCACCGCCACCACGUCUGCAGCAGAUGGUACAAACACAAGCCCCGCCUCCGCUUCAGGCCAAGCCCCGUGGAGGGGCAGGAGGCUCCGUGGCUGUCACGGCUACACCACCUCCACCUCUUCAGAUAAAGAUUGUCCCCGCUUCUUUACACUCCGACCUCUCCACACCGAUUAUUGUUACUACAGCUACAAGUGCUAAUCCUGUUAUUGCCUCAACCACCAUCUCGGCCUCAGCACAUCCUGCCCCUGUUGAGGUGCAAGUUGAAGAGCCCAGAGAGGAGUUGGUCACUGGGACGGAUGAGGCUGUGACGGAGGAACCCGAAGAGAUGGAGAUGGAGGUAAGUGUUGCUCCUGAGGCCUCCUCUUCAGCUCCUCCUACAAAUCUCUGUGUCCGUGCUGGAUGUACAAACCCUGCUGUGGAGAGUCGAGACUGGGAUAAAGAGUAUUGCAGCAAUGAAUGUGUGGCAACACACUGCAGGGAUAUUUUCAUGGCCUGGUGUUCAAUCAAGAGCCAGAACUCAGCCACCGUCAAAUAAAUGAGAAUCCUCCUGUUUCUGGUCCUUAACAUGCCUGGAUGUCUUUUUAUGUGAACAACAGACGUUUACUGGGUUUCUGAGUGAAGGUGUAGUGUUUUUGUUGUAAAUAGCUAAGGCAUGAAAAAAUCACUCCCCAGCUUGUUUUCCACACUGAAAUUGUCAGAAAAGGACCUAUGUGAUUGUAGUACUUUAUUUAGACUUUGUUUUGCUCCAGUGAUUUAUUUUUUUAUGUGUGUUUCUAGUGAUGUGUUAAAGUGGGACAAAAUCCAAACCUUUGUGUUAUAUUCAAAUAUAGUAGUUUUGAUUAUGAUGAAAAAUUUGAGUGUUAGUGAAUCUCAAGUAAUACAAUCAUUCUGGAAUUCUAUUAUUUUUUUUGUUUAAUGCAAUUUUCUCAUGUUGUACUGACAGUAUCUUAGAUCAGUGUUCAGAAGUGCUCUCAUGUCAAAUCUUUUUGCCUUAGUUAUGGGGUUUUGCUGACUUUUUUUUUUAGUUACAGAAAUUAUUCAAGUAUUAAUAAAAGGCAGCCAAAAUGGUUUGUUUCUGAAGUCAUUGCUAACCGACAACUUUGAAAU